UUUGUAAUUGCAAUUACGAUGUCGGUUGAGCUGGAGUUCCGCGUCGGGGUGCAGUAAAAAAAAUAUUAUUUUCGCUUUUUAAUUGAUUUUAAUCUCUUACCUUGUUGUUUUAUUUACGCUUUCAUUUUUUUUUUAAAUUGAUUAAUUUCCUGCAAUGUGAGCAGAAACGCGCGCGGACAUCGCGACAGGUGACGAACUUUCCCGUUGUGACAAUGAUCGCGUCACGCCGGCGGUGUGACGUCAUUCCCUGGAAAGAGCUUGAGAGCGAGCUGCGAUUACACCGGCGCGGUUCGGCUCGGCUAGCGGCGCCGCCGCAGCAGCUACAUGAACGGUUCGACUGUCCAGACCGCGGCUGAAGUUCCCUGCGCGGCAACGAGCCCAUGACUCGGGGUCCGGACGCUAAACCAGAUGAUCCAGUUAGCACCCGGCGUGACACACCGCGUUCAGUUAGCAUCAGAGCGGAGGUGAGCCAUGGUUGACCCCAACGCCAACGCCCACGCCCCGCGGCCCCAGCGGAAGAUGUCCACGGCGGGGGAAAGCGUCUACAAGGUGUUAGGACUGGAGAAAGGCGCCUCGGCUGAGGACAUCAAGAAAGCCUACAGGAAGUUGGCGCUAAAGUACCACCCGGACAAGAAUCCGGACAACCCGGAGGCGGCGGAGAAGUUCAAGGAGAUCAACAACGCCAACUCCAUCCUCAACGAUGACACCAAGAGGAAGAUCUACGACCAGUACGGUUCCAUGGGACUCUACGUGUCCGAGCAAUUUGGAGAAGAGAGCGUCAAGUACUACUUCCUCAUGUCCAAGUGGUGGUUCCAGGCUUUGGUGCUGUGCUGCACGCUGUUCAGCUGCUGCUGUUGCUGCUGCUGCUGCUGCCUCUGCUGCGGCAAGUGCAAGCCGCCCGACGACGACGAAAGCUACCAGUACGUGAACCCCGAGGACCUGGAGGAGCAGAUCAAGGCGGAGCAGGACAGCGGCAACACGGUAAUCAUAGGUCAGCCCUCGUCUAGCGGGGGCGCCCAGACCCCAGACGGCAAAGGCGCGCCCAUCCCGCUCCCCAUGCCGCCCCCGCCCCCGCCGGAGUCCGUGUCCCAGGUGUCGCCGUCGUCCCUACCGCCGCCGACAGAGCAGCGAGAGGAGGAGAAGCCCCGCGAGAGCUUGCCCGAGUCGAAAUGACUCGCUGAUGACGCUGGAUGUCUUUCAUCAGCCAGAGCGUAAAGACAGUAGCAGGCCACCGUCUCGAUCCUGACACGCCGGACCUCCACAGAGGAAAACGUCCUCGUGCUCUUCUUCUGUGGACGUCUGCGUCCUCCUUCCACCAUCUCAUCUCCACACGGUGCUUCAUCCCAGGAAUGAGCCGGAAAAGACGCGACGCCGUUCGGAGCGGACCGGAAGCGGACCUAUUUUGAUAGGCAGGGACCGAUGGGAAGUCCGAUGAUGUUGGCUUGCCCCACCUGCCCCCCCGUCUGGAUGCAUGCACUCCUGUUCCAUAGAGACGGGCAAUUUUUUUGUUUGUCAUCCUGUGCCACUCACUGCGGACAAAAGAAACAACCAGCAAAUCAACUGAACCACUAAACUGGACCGUGAUGGACGGGAAAAAAAUGAACGGAAUGUCAUUCCCCUCCCUGGAGCUCCAUGUAGCAGCCAUGCGAUCUGCUCCGUGCGAGCGGUUUGCCAAUGUUAUCAUCACAGCAACACGGCCAUCAUUUCACACAUAAUUCAUCAUUGAAAGCUGCAGGCCAUUUUUUUCAUGGAGACACUCAAAAUGAUCCAUUUUUGGCACGCACUUGUUAGAAAGAAAAAAAGAAGAAGAAGAAAGCUUUGUAAUUGUUGAAUGAUCCAUCGUCGGUCUUUGGUAGCAACUUCUGGUCGGGGCUCAUUUUGGGAAGUCGCGGAAUUCGCCCGAAACGGCUGCUCCAAAAAAAUGGCCAACUUUCUGUUCGGGUUUGGCCUUGCGGGCUUCAGACUUAUUUAUGGCUACUGUUCUGAUAGAAAGGAGAUAAACUCACCAGAAUAAUAAAAGCAAUUCUGAUGGCACUUAUUAAUUCAAAAACUAUCUGUUCAAUUACUUUAUGUACCUUGGAAAGGCGAUUCCAUAUCUUCCAUGUUUACAUACCGAAGUUUUUAAUCGGAUGAAUCUUAUCUGUUCCAUAAAGAAAUUGUCUUUCGUCACAUCCUGAUGUUGACGCCACAUUUUGGUAAAUUUCUCAAGUGUGUUGUGCCUUUAACAAGAAGUGCGGCAGACAUUUGAGGAAAAGUUCUUUUUUUUUUUUUUUUUUUUAAACCAUUUCAGAAGUGACCUCCUGGACAAUAAUUUGAGGCAAAUUUAUAAUUAGAAUGGCCGUAAUCUGAAUGGAUCGAAUCAUAUACAUACGGUUGUUCCAUUUUCAUGGAAAGGGUUUGACAUCACUAUGCAAAAUGAUCAUGAAUAUUAAUCAAACCAGCAUUUUUCAAUUGAGCCGUUUGAUCGUGAUGGAAAACGGAAGGAAAAAAAAACCGAUUCCAACCUUUGAGGUCGUCGGUGAAACGUUUUCAACUUUUAGUCGUUAUAAAGUUCGCUGCUUAAAAUGUCUCAAUACUCCUAAUUUCAAAAACUGAAAACAAAAUGUGCUUGUUUACCUCACACGGCCAAAUUUUAAAGUCAUUUUACGGCAUCACCAAAAACAUUUUAAAGAUGACACUUUUAUUUCUGUGGAUGUUGUAAAUAAGUCAUGAAACCACUGAUUUAGUUGCUGAUUACAUUUUUAUCCAUGUGUAUUUUGAGUGUAAAUAUUUUUUUCUUAAUUUAUGUGAAAAAAAAGUUUAAAUUUGCCAAGCGGCUGUAUGCUAACUAGUUAGCAUGAUUAGGGUUAGCCCAGAUCGAUUGUCAGUGUUGCUUCAAAAUAAACCACUUUGACAAUCUUUCUUUAGUAAUAAUUUUUUUUAAAAAAGGACCGGUAUACAUUUCAUUGAAACAAUAAGAUGACCUGAUUAUGAAAUUGAUCAUAUGUGUUUGUGCGCUGCAAUUCUGACCAAAUAAAAAACUAAUUUU